GCGUUACAUCGUAUUAAAGUUUCUAAUCACGCAGUGGAUUUAUUGAUCAACCUAUUCACUGCCCAGAAAAAUGCAGUGUUCACUGCUCAUGGUAUAUCAGAAUAUUAUGACGUUAAAAUAG